GAAAGCGACUCUGCACACCUUCUUUGCUCUGUUCUAUCCCCUGCUCCACGCCAAUGUGAAAGCAAGAAGCAGAGAUCGAAGAGACACCACGGCGACGGCGAAGACGACGACGAAAGGGCCCAUCCCCACUCCUCGCCGCGUUCAAACAUCUCUCAUCUGCUUCAAUUAAUCGGCCAUGGCGUACCUCUCUCCGGCGGCAGCGGCGGGCUUCGCCGCACUUCUCGUUCUGUGCUGGUGCGGCAUCGGCUGCCGAGCAGCCCCGCCACCGGCGAUAUACGUGUUCGGCGACUCGCUGGUGGACGUGGGGAACAACAACUACCUCAGCUUCUCGCUACUCAAGGCCGACUUCCCCCACAACGGCAUCGACUACCCCGGCCACAAGGCCACCGGCCGCUUCUGCAAUGGCAAGAACUCCGCGGAUUCCCUCGCUGAGAAGCUCGGACUAGCCUCUCCCCCUGCUUACCUUUCUUUACCGUCCAAGUCGAACAACACCGAUGCCUUCCUCGGCGGCCUCAACUUCGCCUCAGGCGGCGCCGGAACGCUCGACUCAACCAACAGAGGUAAAUGCCUCACGAUGAACAAGCAAAUAGACUACUAUACUACAGUCUACGGAGCUUUGGCUAAGCAGUUAGGAACCAGUGCCGCCCAAACUCAUCUCUCCGAUUCCAUCUUCGUCGUCGUGAUCGGAAGCAACGACAUCCUCAAUUACGUGGGAUCAGACUCAGCCAACAAGCUCAAGACCCCCGGCCAGCAGUUGGUGGAUUCCAUGGUCGCAUCACUGCAAGGUCAACUCAAGACAAUAUACAACCUCGGCGCACGCAAGCUCGCAGUGAUCGGCACCGGAGCCAUCGGCUGCAGCCCGGCCCAGAGGCAUCAGAACAAGACCGGCGACUGCAGAGUGGAAGCCAACUUCCUGGCGUCCCAGUUCAACAAGGGCGUCAGUUCAAUGCUCGAGCAACUGGAAGCGGAGUUAACUGGGUUGAGCUACUCCUUCUUCGACACCUACGCAGCGCUCACGGACAUCAUCAACGACCCAUCUUCCUACGGAUUCGUGGAGAUUAAGGCUGCUUGCUGUGGGUUGGGUAACCUGAACGCCAACUUCGCCUGCACUCCGAUCUCCACCUACUGCUCCAAUCGGCGUGAUCACGUCUUUUGGGAUUUCUACCACCCAACAGAAGCCGCAGCUGGGACGCUGACGAGCGCUGCUUUUGAUGGAUCGGAGGGGUAUGCGCAUCCUAUUAGCAUCAAACAGCUUGCUGCCUUGUGAUGAGCCAAGAAUCGCUUAAUUAAAGAUAAGCUCAAGUGUUUAAUGCAGCCUGUUCUUGCACCCAUAGCGAAAGAGAAUGAAUAUAUAUCAAUGGUUACUUGGAAAGCUGUAAUUUUAUAUAUGGAAAAAUUCUCUUGGAUCAAUUUAAGCUAAAUAUAUAUUUUUUU